AAUAUUCAUUAUUUUAACACCACUCCCCAACAACAACCUUAUUUUAAUUCUCACAACGUUAUCAACACCACUUUCAUCCCCAUUUCCAUUUUCAUCAUCCACAGUUUCAUUCUUUCACUCUUAUAUAACCCAAUCUCUCCAACAAUGCAGGUCAACGAAAAAAUGAGGAACCGUUAUCCUCUUAUCGGUGAAAAACGUUGGUCGGUAGUUUUAUUGGUCAUUCUAGGAAUAAUCGGAGCAUUGGUUUUCGCAACAACCUUACUCCAAACCUCCAACAACACCUUGCUAUGUUCCCUCACCCGAACCACAACCCAACAAUCCAACCCUACACCGAUCCAGCUUCGUGCCAUUCUCCACUACGCAACCUCCCACGUUGUCCCCCAACAAUCCCUCGCCGAGAUCAGCAUAACGUUAAACGUCAUCAAAUCUUUAAACCGUCCCUUCAACUUCCUCGUCUUUGGCCUCGGCCACGAUUCCCUCAUGUGGGCCGGGUUCAACCCAAAGGGAACCACGCUUUUCCUCGAGGAAGAUCCGAAAUGGGUUCAAACCGUUCUCAAAGACGCGCCGGAGCUUAGAGCCGUGACGGUUCCCUACCGUACGCAGCUUCAAGAAGCCGAUGAGCUUCUCAAAUCGUACCGAUCUGAGCCGGCUUGUUCUCCGGCGAAAGCCACGCUGAAAGGCAACGAGAAAUGUAAGCUAGCGCUUCAUAAUCUUCCUGACGAGGUUUACGAUACUGACUGGGAUUUGAUCAUGAUCGACGCGCCGAGAGGAUACUUCGCGGAGGCGCCGGGGCGUAUGGCGGCGAUAUUUUCGAUGAACGUCAUGGCGAGAAACAGAAAAGGCUCCGAUGGGACACACGUGUUCUUGCACGAUGUGGAUCGGAAGGUUGAGAAGGAAUACGCUGAAGAGUUUCUGUGUAAGAAAAACAAAGUGGACGGUGUGGGAAGACUCUGGCACUUCAAAAUUCCUGCAAGUGGAAACAAUGACACUCGUCGUGAUUCUACUGAUUCGAGUUUCUGUUAAGGAUUUUUCAAUGCCACUACUUGCGGAGUGGUUUUUGUUUUUAUUAUAUCUAUUUUGUUUGAUAUUUCUUGACCAUAGAGUUUGGAUCUGGAACAAGUGGCGGUGAUAGAAACACCAUUGUAGUGAUAUUCUAGUGAAUAGCUACUACUACGAUUUUACUUUACA